AUGUCGCCGAUUUCAAUCAGCGAGGGAACAAGGACUUCACCAGCGGAGCGUCAACGAUCCUUGUCGGUCCCCCGGCUGCAAACAGAACCGCUCGACGACGACGAGAUUUGGCACCGAGCUUUUCAAGGAACGAAAAAUGCAACGAAGACAGACUCAGGUGAUUCCGAUGCUCCACUGCGCGCGGUUGUCAACAUUCACCGAACGGGUUUUCGACCAGCCGGCGUUGCGGUGUACGGACCGGACGUGUACUGUUCUCCGAGCCCGACGUUGAUCGACAGAAAAUAUGCUGCGGAGCCCACGAUCCAAACGAAACAAGACCGAAAGACCUCCAAAGUCAGGUGCCAAGCGCCGGUCAAUCCUGAUGAAGUGAGGUUCGCUGAACACGAAGACAUCUGA